UGAAGAAGAAAAAAAUAAUGCUAAAAAGCGAAUAGUGCUUUUGGAAGAUGAUAAUAAGAAAUUGAAAAAAGAUCUAGCCAAAAUAGCGAAAGAUAUAGAAAAUAAGAAAAGUAGCAUGCCUUCUGCACCAAAUAGACCAUGA